CUGUUCCAGACCUAGACAUUUUUGCAUUUGAUGCCGCUCUGGUGGAGGCCCUUGUCUGGGCAGAGUACUACUAUGGUCCCCAUGGUUCCAUCCGAACGACUGGCACAAUGCGCGCAACUGUGGAUGAAACCAAUAAACGUUGUGGAGGAGAGCAAAAAUGAUCCGCAAUCGGGGUUCGGUUUGCAAGUUGUACAUGCCACACGCUGGGUACCUCUCUGCCAGACAGGGGCAAGCGGAGUCGGGGAC